UCAGCUCUGCAAAUAUCAGAAUCAUGUUUUCCCAUCUGACAGUCAUCAUGACUGAUUAGCUCUAUAUUAUUAGGAGAUCACACAACCUUGGGGAACCCCAAGAGGAGGACACUACUGGACAAAAUCCAAACAAAUGUUGGACAUUGGCCAUCAACCUCCACUAUAUUAUAUAGUAGAAGAUAUACUGUAAUCAGGUAGCACAUGUUGACUUCCUGUUAACCCUUUGAUUGGCUAUCCCUCUCUGAAUAACAACAUAAAGGCCACGGUCUAGGUCGAAACACACUGUGUCUAACAGAAAUUGCAACGCAACGGAACCAACAUUUCCGAUUGAAGGCUUAUAAGCCUAGUGACUAAUGGCAUGCUGUCAAUUAACACAUCAGAUUUCACAUUUGGUGUUAACGCCUUGCAAGAAGCUGCAUGCAAACCCGCUGAUGGAAAAUGGAGCUCCAGACCACAUUAGUCAAGGACCCCAUUUUGUGUCACUGACACUUACAACCACAGCCUAUGCCAUUGGUUGAGAGGAAACAUCUGUGUGGGAGGUGUUGAUAAAUGUUUAUGUAAAGUAUUUUUUUUUUUAUCUCUGUUUCCUACUGAGUCAACUGUUCGAUUUGUGAUUUGUAACUUCUGCUUAAUUUCCUAUAGCUUUAAAUUAUAAUCAUUAAGUGUCAGUUUCGGCGUAGGCCUGUAGCCUGCACAUUUUAAAGCAGAUUACUUGUGGCUGUUUUAAAUAUAAUGCUUAAGUAGGGACUAAUCUCUGCCUCAACAGUGUUUAUUGUAAUCAUGAUCGCUACCUCUGCCAUAAUUAUUGUAUUUAUGGUUUGGGCCUCAUUUCCAACAUCAGGUAAGUGUCUGAAAUUUACAAAAACAUUAAUAUCACUCAAUACUUAGCUGAGUGAAACUACCUGGGGGUUAGAAUUCUCACAUAUGUAUGGGCCUUUAUUGAAAAUUCAAAAGGCUAUACAGUGUUUAACCUUAUUGUACACUGUUAUACAGCCCAACAAUUAGUUUACAGAUGUACCACAGAAACUUAAAAAUAGAUGUUUUUGAAUACUCAUUUGAAAUGUCAAUAUUCAAAUGUCUCUCUGGACGUUGAAAACCUGCUAAUCAGUUUAAUCAAAUAGGACAUGCAUUGAGUGAUUUGUUUAGGCGAUUGAUGAAGCUGAAUUAACAUGAUGUUGUUAUUGUUUUCUAUAGGCAUAAGAGAAAUUGCUAACUAUUUCAAUCAUCAAUCCAUCAUUUAUUCAUCCAUUCCUUACAUAUAAACCUUUUAUAAACACUUUAUUAACAGUACUUUCAUGUAACGCUAUUGUACUUUCUUAGUGUUUUUAUCAAUGUGUUGUAGAAUCUUCAAGUCCUCUUCGCAUACCGCUUGGGAGAAAAUUGUUGAUACCCUGCAUAAGUAAUGAAAGUCAUCCAGAAUCUUUUAGCUGGUUUUACAGUACAAACAAUGUUGGUCGGCACCGCACCCAGAUUUUUCAUGAGGAUAAAAGUGGCCUACAUCUCAUUUCCAAACAUUUUUGGCAUAGAAAGAGUGUUUUAAGGAAUCGUUCACUUGUAAUCAGCCCUUUUACAGAGGAGGAUCAAGGAAUAUACUUAUGUGGAUUGUAUAAAAAUGACAAGAUCACAUAUGGAUUGUCCACUUCAGUUGUUCUUGAAAAAGGAUCUCACAUGCCAAUAAUAACCACUGUGUCAAGCAGUGGUUUUAUGCAUGAAGUAACUAAGAAUGUGAUUACCAGCACAUAUUACGCACUUGACUCCGCUCUGAACAACACCACCAACAAAAGCAUAGACAAUGGGUCUACUCCUCCAGGUAACCGAGAACCUCAAUGGCUGGCAUCAACAGUAGCUGGAGUCUCUGCAGCUGUGUGCCUUUUCCUUGUUGCACUGGCACUGUUUAAAUUAUGCCAUUUCAAAUGGAGAAUAAUCGCAGCUUCUGCCAAUCAACUUCUCUGUGGUGGCCAGGGGACCAGCUUUGAGGAAGAAACUACAUGUGUUUAUUCAUCCUUGGUUAUCAGGAGAGUCCAACAGAGAGAUGACAUCAGAAAUGACAAUGAGUGUGUGUACAGUCAUAUCAGGGUCUAGGAACUAAGAAUGACACUACUUUGAUGAGAGGCGUAAUAAAUAGUUUAAAUCAAGUGUUUCCAUUGUGCUCAGGCACACAAAAUGCCAAAAAGGCAUACUGUUGUUGUUGGGAAUGAUUUUUAUGCUUUGAAUUGGUUUGUUUUAUAUUCUAUCAAAACGUAAUAUAAUCACAUUUUAGCAUGACCUUUUGUUUGUAUUAAAUUGUUAUUGCACCGUGUCACGCACUUCUGUACUUUUAACCUUUAAUUAAACCAAUAUUUUAAAAAAUAAAAGGAAGAAAGCCUGCUUUAUAUAUCAAAAAGCAUAACGCCUGUGUAUUCAGAUGUCUAUACAUUUUAUUUGUGACAUACUUGUAAACAAGUUGCUGAAAUGUAACAUUUUGAACUCAUCGAUCCGCUGAGUUGCUUUCAGAACGUUUUCAGAUGCUUUCGGAACGUUUCCGUUCUUUAAUGCCCCUUGCUGCAUAUCGUUGUACAAUGCGCAAACGCGGAUCUGGGUGAGAUGUAUGAUAGCGAGCUAGCUGUUCCUCCCCCAUCACACGGGCUCAACUCUAGCCAAUCUGUUACUGUGAACGUUGAAAACGUUUAUUUGUACCUGCCUAGCAACCUAGCUAGCUUGUUUCAAUGUAACUAUGAGCUAACGUUAGCUAGGUUGCAAGUUAGCUUGAAUUGCUGCAGUGGCAGUUUGCGAAGGAAGAAGCAGGUACUCGGCAGUCCAAGCCGCCAAACACAAGUUACCUGUCUGACACUGACGAGUGAUGGAGGCCCCACCAGUCUCAGUGCUGCCCAUCACGGGGGGCACAAUUAACAUGAUGGAGUACCUGCUCCAAGGCAGCGUCUUGGACCAGGCCCUCGAAAUCCUAUUGCACCGCCUCCGGGGCCUUUGUGACAACAUGGAACCCGAGACAUUUGCCGACCAUGAGCUGGUCUACCUCCUGAAGGGCCAGCAGGGCAACCCGUUCCUGUUGCGAGCCCGCCGCUCCCUCUCCCACCCCACAGUGCCCUGGCACCUGCGCUACCUGGGCCAGCCGGAGGUGGGUGAUAAGUCCCGCCACGCGCUGGUUCGCAACUGUGUGGAUGUGGCCGCCUCGCACAGCCUGCCCGACUUCCUCAAUGAAAUGGGCUUCCGCAUGGACCACGAGUUCAUAGCUAAGGGCCACAUUUUCCGCAAAGGUGUGCUCAAAGUGGUAGUGAGUAAACUGUCUCGCAUCCUGGUCCCCGGGAAUACAGAGAACACUGAGCCGCUGUCACUCUCCUACCUGGUGGAGCUCAGUGUAUUGGCCCCUGCGGGCCAGGAUACCAUGUCAGAGGACAUGCGCAGCUUCGCUGAGCAGCUCAAGCCCCUGGUUCACCUGGAGAAGAUUGACCCCAAGAGACACAUGUAAGAAGGAGUGUUUUAUGAUGAGCCUCUGUUGGCUGUCAUGGACAAAGUGUAGUUUUUAUUAAAACAUUAUUUCUUUUACAUGGGACUUAUUUUUGUAUGAUUCCUAUGAGAAAGUGCUUUCCCACAGUCCUUUGUCUCUGUAAAUCAACUCUAGAUCUCACAAUCUUGAUGCGUGUCUCGUACAUUUGGAGAAGGACCAUCUGUCAUUUGGAUGUUAGUGGUGUUUGACAAGGACUUCACAGGAGGUUUAUGACAUAGCCAACAUGGCUGAUGUGACAAAUGAGGCUUUGAAUGAGCCAAUAAAUAACAAUGUUUCUAUUCACAGUGCCGAACUCUUAGAACACACAUUUUGUGUAGUGCUUUGUUCUGUCUUUGAGAUGUUUUAAAAAAUGCACAGCGCUAUAGUGUUUAUAAAAAAAUAUUUUUCUCAA